AUGUUCAUCGUCGUCGGCCCUGGCAGCAACCCGUACGUCGUCGGCCUCGUCAUCGCAGUGCAGCUGCUGCCCGGGCUCUUGGGCCGCAGCGCGGUCCCGAUCUCGGGCGAGACCUUGCUGCUGCUGGGCCUCGCGUUCUAUGCGCUCUAUCAUCUCUACGUCCACCGUGACGUCAUCCGCGCCGACGGCCUCGCUGGGUUUGUCUCGACGCUCUUUGGCCCACCAAGCGAGGCCGCACCGAGCGUCGACUCAGAGCGCUACGACCGCGUGCUCAAGACGAUCUCGGGCCUGCCCACGGAAGAGUUCAAACCGCUCGCGCACAUUGGCAUCCACGAGCUCAAGGCGCGUCUGCGCCUCCGCGGCGUCGACACAAAAGGCGUCCUCGAGAAAAACGAGCUGGUCCAGAAGCUCCAUGACUUUCGAGGUGGCCCGAGCGAGUCGUGCUGCAUCUGCUGCGAAGACUACGUCGAGGGCGACGUACUCCGGCUCCUCUCCAAGUGCAAACACGACUUUCACCUCGAGUGUCUCGACAAGUGGGCGCUCACACUCGCGACUUCGACGCGGGACCCGUCGUGCCCGCUCUGCAACCAGUCCCUCGAGUAA